CUCACCCCGCAAAAACCCCAAAUUCGCUCUCAGCUCGCACAAGGUCACACAGGACUUGUAUCAUGGCCGCAGCAAAGACCAAUGAGCUUCAGGCUCUCGUCUUUGGAGCAUCUGGUAUUACUGGAUGGGCCUUGGCGAACGCGGCAUUGUCAUAUCCGACAGCUACUGCCUUCAAGAGGGUGGUGGGCCUUACAAACCGGCCAUUGAGUGUAAAAGACGCAGGACUUCCACAGGAUCCGCGAUUACAUCUGUAUCCCGGCCUUGACCUUUCGAAGAAUUCGCAAAGCAUCACUGAGUAUUUGAACACAAUCGAGAAUAUUGGAGAAACCACUCACGUCUAUUUUGCUUCAUAUGUCCAUCGCGGAUGGGGAACAGAAGACUCUGAGAAGCGCGUAAAAGAGAAUGUGGACUUCAUAGCCAAUGCAGUGGCUGCGGUCGAGAAUGUCUGUCCGAAACUGCAAUUCUGGACAUUUCCGACUGGCGGAAAGUGGUAUGGGCUCGAAUUUGGAGAUGAAGUGAAACUGGAAACUCCCCUCAAAGAGAGCGCACCGAGAGUCCCACCCCCUCAUGGAGAUCACAUUUUCUACUAUCCUCAGAUCGACACGCUGGCCAAACUCUCCGAAGGCAAAAACUGGACCUUUGCAGACAUUCGCCCAGACGCCGUGAUUGGUUAUGUCCCCCAAAAUAACGCAAUGAAUCUAGCGAAGCCUUUGGGUCUGUAUCUCUCCCUAUGGAAAUCGCUUUCACCUUCUGCCGAUGUCCCCUUCCCAGGAUCCGAAGCAGCGUGGACUCAUCUCCACACUGAUGUCUCUUCUAGCCAGCUUGCAAAAUUCCACAUCUAUGUCUCCCUUCACCCAGAAAAGACAGCAGGAAAGGCAUUCAACAUUGCAGAUGUAGACGCAGGAACAACUUGGAAAGAUACAUGGCCUGGUAUAGCGGCUUACUUUGGGCUUAAGGGAGUGGGACCUGCGGCAAAGGGGCAGUUGAGCGGUUAUCCAUGGGUUGAAUCACAGAAGGAGAAGUGGGAUACAUGGACGAAAGAAAAUGGACUGAGAUCGGAUGUGCUUGAAAAGGCGCCUUGGGACUUCAUGACCGUUGUAACUGGCGUUUACUCGGAAAGGGACCGCAACUUCGACAUUACUGAAGCGAGGAAGAUUGGCUUCACUGAAAAGCCUGAUCACAUCAAGAGCUACCAUAAUGUUUUCGAUAAACUUAGAGUCGAAAAGCAUCUACCAUAGUGUAACUGGUCAGGUUAGGCUUUUUAGAAAAUACGAGUCGAGAAUUAUACAGAGGCCUUCACAACGUUGGCGAAGGAUUAUGUAUAGUCAGUUGAUAUAUUAGCAAGUUCAAGGACAGGAGCUUGAAUGCACUUUGCCAUGUCGUACUAGAUGUCGUCGGUGUAAUUAGGGGCCAUUGACAAUAGCCAACCUUCCUCCCUCUUCCCGAGGUUGAAACUGAACGAGCAACCCAUGGGAUUCCUCCUCCAAAGCGCUUUCACUAUCAUCAACACCCGACAUACUAGGCCGUUGGUCAAACCCGUGAUAAAACACUGCCAGUAUGUUAUUCGUCCACGGUAUCAGACCUGCCUUUCUCGUCCUCAGCGUAACUAGCACCAAGAACACCAGCGACGCUAUCAACUCAAAUGCAGGCAGAAUAAGCCAUUCCCACGUCACCACAGCGUGGCUAACAGGAGAAAAGGCAUCCCCAUGCGUAGGCGCCGGUUGGUACGCUGCACUCCUCAGGCUGAGAGACAUGCUGUUGGCAAAAUUGUCCAUCAAAU